AUGGGCAUCAUGUUGAGAUCAGACCUCGCACGUCGUGCUGCCGCCUGGAUGGCGCUCCUGAGUUCAUCCCUCACCGUCGCUUUUGACGCCCCUUACUGCUCAAACCAGAACACCGCCUCGGGCGAUGCUUUCAAUUGGCCAUACCAGUCAAACGGUAAAUGUACAGAUCACUGUAACAGUCUUGGUACUUAUGCCUUCGCCGUCAUACAGUUCACCGACUGCUGGUGUACCAACUACAUUCCUGCACGACAAGAAGACACGAGCAAUUGUCAAGUGGGCUGCCCAGGCUUCCCAGUCGAACACUGCGGCGACAAGGACAAAGGUCUUUACAUCUACAUCAAACUCGCCGGAUCGCCCUCUGGUACUCAAGGCGGUUCGCAGCCCUCUGCUACAGACGUGAGUAGUGCCGCCCCUCCCCCAUCUCCGACAGAGAAACCGCCCUCGUCCGAGGCGCCGACUCAAGCUCAGGCUUCGCCAUCCGUAGUCACGAGAGUGGUGACGGCCAAUCCACAGACAGUCGUCCAGACAGUUGUGGGCGCACCGCAGGUCACGACUGUCUUCUCCCCCAUUACUUCCAUCUUUACUGUUUCUACGACUGAAGUGCGUUCUUCCUUUUCCACCGUCUCCUUCGUUGAGGUGCACUCUUUCUUCUCCACUGUUGCCACGACCGAACUGCGUUCUUCUUUUACCACCGUCUCCGUUACUCAAGUACAUUCUUUCUUCUCCACUGUCGCUACAACCGAACUGCGUCCUACCUCUUCCACCAUUGCUUUUAGCAAGCUGCGAUCUAUCUUGAGCACACAACCGGCUUCUACUACGCGUCCCACCUCUUCUGCCGACCCGCCGACUACGACAGAAGAGCCCAAGACAACGGCAACCGUCGUCACUGAGAGCGGCAUCAUUGUCACCCGCACCGUCGUCUUCACGCCUGAUCCCACUCCCGCCAGCGGCCAGACCAGCGAUAGCAACGACAGCCAGUCCAAUACAGGUGGAAUCGUCGGCGGGGUCGUUGGAGGUGUCCUCGGACUUCUCGCCAUCGUUGGCGGCAUCCUUUUCCUCCUGUGGCGCAGGAGAAAGCAGCAACGCGAGCAGAUGGGUGGCGAGGGUGGCCAAUCGGGUCUAAACCGCAAUACGAGUACUAUGAGUAAAGCCGGUCUGCUCGGUGGUCACGGUGUCGAGAAGAACCUGCAAUAUCCUCAAGCGACAGUUGCAACGUCUGGAUCACAAAGAAGUCGGCGUGAUGAUGAUUCCAUUGGACCCAUGUCUACAUCUGAUCGCAGAUAUAGCCAGCCCGUACUGGUCGACUCGAGGCUUAAUCCUAGGGCUGUGUUGACCUUCCACGGCUCCAACGAAAGUCGAGACAGUCUUGCGAGCAUCGAUGAUAGUCGGGAUUACGGACGGCAGCUAAACGUUGUCAACCCCGAUCCAUCCAGGGACUGA